UCGGAGCAAACGAAAUCCAGAAGAUCUUUGGCGCUUAUGUAGCUCCGCCCAACGUCAGAGGGAACCUCCCGCGACCGCAGCGUUUCUCCUCCCUCCACCACCACCCCCCUCGCUCCCACCACACCUCUCUCGCCGGAGAUCCCCCACCGCGCGUGUGUCCACGUGCAGAAGAGCUCGGCCGCUCUCCCGCGACACCUUACCCAUUUCAAGCUCGCUCUUCCGAACCCGCAUUCCCUCGGGCUCUUGACCCGAUUCGCUCCUCUUGGUAUUCACCUGGAGCCACCGUUCGAAGCCGACCAUCGCUUCGCUUGUGACGAUCCGGGUGGUUUUUCCGACGUUGAACUGAUGAGCGGCUCCGGUGCAUCUACUAACUUACGCGCUGCUUUCUCCCAUUGUGUGCAGCAGGUUCGGAGUUAUGAUUACCAUCACUACCUUUGUCUUCUUGAACUUCCACCCAACAUGCGUAAGGCUGCAUUUGCCCUCCGCGCUUUCAAUGUUGAAACAUCCAGAGCCAUGGACGUCGCUUCUGAUCCAAGAAUUGGCCUCAUGCGACUUGUCUGGUGGCAGGAAACCAUAGACAAAAUAUUUUCCAAUAAACUAAUCGAACACCCAACUGCGCAGGCCUUAUCUGCAGUUGUAUCUGAGUUCAAAUUUAGCAAGGCAUGGUUGAAACGAUCUGUUGAAGCUCGUAUUAAUGACGCUAGCAGAGAGGUGACUCAAAUGCCGGAAACCACCGAUGAAUUGGAAAAAUAUGCCGAGGACACUGCAUCGACCAUUCUGUACACGACACUUCAAUCUGGUGGAAUCAGGUCCACUGCCGCUGAUCACGCGGCAUCUCAUAUUGGAAAGGCCAGUGGCCUUCUUUUGCUGCUCAAGUCGCUGCCAUAUCAUGCUAGCAAGAGCCGCCACUCUUUAUAUAUACCUAGAAAAGUGGCGGCCAAGCAUGGAUUGCUGGUUGAAUUGGGAGGUCAAUCGGAAGUUCGAUUAGAUUCCCGCGAGAAGCUUUGUGAUGCAGUAUUUGAGAUGGCAUCUGUGGCUAACAUCCAUUUGCAGAAGGCUCGUGAGUUAGCCGGAACAGUGCCUGCAGAGGCGAUCCCAGUGCUGCUUCCGGCUGUGCCUGCGCAAGUACUGCUAGAUACCCUCAGUCGGGUGCAGUUCGAUGUGUUUGAUUCAAGGCUAGCACGAGGAGUUCUAGGAAUCUCGCCUUUGUGGUACCAACUGAAACUCAAAUGGAGUUCCUGGAGGGGUAGAUACUAGAGAAUAGUCAUUCAUUGUGAGUUGAAUAAUACAAGGAAACUGAUUACACAACCAGCAGCAGAUAAAAGUUUGAAUUUCUGGUCAUGUGAGAGGUGUUUUUUUUUUCCCGUGAAUAGCAUCUUCUCACUUUAAUUUUCACCAUGCUCGAAUGAGCUGGACUACGACUGUUGUGCUUUUUUGCAUUUUAAGGAGGGGCAGUGGUGAAUUUCUUGAUCCUCAAGCAGCAUUGGUUAUUGAGCGAGCUUGGGGUUGAGCAGAAUUCAUAAAUGGCUCCGCUGUGGACAGUUAAGAGACUUCCUUAUUGCAUGUCUUCCUCAUGUACUUUUGUUGGGCUUAUAACAAUCUGAGACUGAAAGUAGUGCAGCUUCUUACCAUA